AUGCAAAAAAUGGUGACAUUUUUAAACCCCAAUGAUUUGGUCUUGGAUAUCAACAAUCCGAGGUUCGGCGAAUUGUACACUGGCAGUCAUAAAGAGGACGACUUAAUUGAGUACCUCCUUUUUAGUGAAUCUGCUUCUGCCUUAGCAGAUCGUUUGGCUCACACCAAGGAAUUUUAUGUGGACAAGCCUUUAUUGGUAUUUGAUGAUGGCAAAGAAAAGGUUGUCAAAGAUGGCAAUAGACGUUGUGCUGCGGUUAAAGCAUUAGUUAAUCCAUCGAAAUAUGGAUUGACAGCACCCAGUUACACUUUUCUCAACCUUCCGGUUGUAGUUUAUACGAAUAAAACCGAGAUAGAAAAUAGAAUUAUCGAAGAGCAUACGCGCAGCUUAUUCAAGGAAUGGGAUAGAAUGGCAAAAGCUCUUGAAGUUUUUCGUUUAUUCAAAACGGGCUCCUCCCUCGAGGCCAUGGAAGAAAUAGAUAGUCAGCCAGGGCCGCUUAUCAAAUUGGCAAGUUUUUAUUAUGAUGCCGUAAAAAUAUCUGGUGAUAAUCUGAAGAAGCUAUUAAGAAAAGGCAGAGGAGUCACAGGCGGUAAAGCUGCAAUAUUUGAACGUCUAUUCAGGUACUCAGAUUUAAAUGGCUAUAAAUUCAAAAACAAGCCCGACUACGUUAUUCAGAUAACGGACAAAAACAAGUUUAAGGACUAUAUAGAAAAAAUCGUCAAAUACUUAACCAAUAAUCCAGGAGCCUCAACCAGGGACUAUGAUGCAAACAAAGAAGCUUUUCUUGCAGCUGCUGGCUUAUCCAAUACUGUUACAUCAGGUACUACGCCAGGAGCAAGUACUCAGCCGCAACCAGGCACUUCACCCGGAAAUGUUCCCACAAAUUCCGCUCAAACACCACCACCGGGCGUUACCGCUGCAUUACCCUCUUCUUCGCAACCUCCCAGUUCUUCACCAGCAUCCCCCGCUUCAGCACCAUCCGCACAGCUACCCCAUAUAAACCAAGUCCAACGCAAACCUAAUUAUAACAGAAUUAUCCCGGGACCACUAAAAAAGGUAAUCGAUGAAUGUUAUGGACUGAACGAGAACAGUUUUACCAAUGCAAAAAUUGCAAUGACACGUGUGGCAUUUGAAUGCUGCCUCAAAUAUGUCAUUGAGGAAACGCAAUACAAUGGUGUUUUUCUAAAAGACAAUAAAUAUUUUAAACCCGCAUUUCCUCCACUCAGUGGUAAAAAAUAUACAAAUUUUGCUGUGCUAAAAUCACUGUUUGAGAAUAGUAUUAAAAACCCAGGGAAAAAACAAGCUUUUUUAAAUUUUGAGUUAGAGAAACCCCACACAAUCAUUCACAAUUAUAAUAUCCGUGGAUUAGUAAACGAUGCAAAUACACUUUGUGAUAAUUUAAUACCACUCAUCGAAUUUAUGCUUGAUAAUGAAGCAACAUUACUUGGAAACAUUGACACACUAAAGUUUUAA